CCGACCGAGUAGCACUAAGCGUUGGUCCGCCACAACACACUUCCCUCUAGCUCUAGUCCCCGUUCCUCCUCAGUUCCAUCCGGACUCCCAGCAAUCUCAAACUGCUUCCCUCCCCUAACAUGCCGCAUUCUGAACCGGCCUCGAUCCAAUUCCUAAAAUGGAGUCCUCUGUACGACAAAGAGAAACCCUACCAAGUCUUCUUAGACAAGGAUCUCGACACCGAAGAAGACCAGCAAAACACUAAUCUCGCGUGGGAAGAAAAGUUUGUUACGGUUCAGGACUUUCGCGGCUGUGACGAAUAUUCCAAUCUCGAUGCCCAUGGGUUCACGAGUAGGACUCUGCCUGGGUUUGAACAUUUGGAGACAAGAGAUGAUAUUGAGACGGGUUAUAUUCCGGCAGUGGAGGAGAUGCUGAAAAGGGAGAUUGAGGAUGUUGGCACAAUUUUUGUGUUUGAUUGGAGAGGGAGUAUCGCUGACAGGGAGGAGAUUAGGGAUAGUCGGUCGGAAUAUCCGAGCGGCUUGGUGAAUUUUGGCGACCAGACUGAGAGUCUGCUUCCGAGUAAUUUUGCUCAUGUUGAUAUGGCGCCUAUAUCCAUCGUCCACCGCAUCCAAAAGUCUUUUCCUAAAGACGCGGAGAGGAUAUUCGAGCAACGAAUCCGCGCGAUCAAUGUCUGGAAACCUCUCGACUACCCCGUAGAUCAAUGGUCUCUUGCCCUCUGCUCCGGCACGACGGUCCCUUCCUCAACUCUGGUCGAAACAGACUCCGUGCGGCGCGAAAAUAUCACCACACUCUACUACGCCACCUACACGCCUGACCAAACGUGGAAGUUUCUGCACCGGCAAACGCCAAAAGAAGCGCUGAUAUUCAAACAUUUUGACUCUAGGACUGAUGUCAAGGCCUCUUUUGCCAUGCACUCAAGCAUCAAGCAUAAGAAUGUCUCGCCGAAUGCACAGCCGCGGAGAAGUAUUGAAGUGAGAACCUUGGUUUUCGACGAAUGCUUUGACUUGCCGGCAGGCUCGCGCUAA